AUGUCGUCUGUUUCCGAUCAGUUCUUUUACCUGGACGCACCGACCCAGUCUGAGGAGUGGUUAGACUUUGACCAGUUCCUGGACCUACCCUCGGCCUAUGGUGAUGAUUAUUCCGCCUCGGCCUCGGCCUCGGCCCAUUCGGUGUCUCCAGACAUGGCGCUGCCCUUUGAGUCUGAGACUGCCGGCAUGGACCUGCCGGAUUUCACCCAAUCUGCCUUCCCGGACAUGAUCAACUACGACCCCGUGCAGGAGGGCUUCUUCGCGGACCAGUCCCCGCCAAUGGGCAUGAUCCCGGAUUGCGUCCCUGCGUUAGACGAUGCCACGUUCCAUGGCUACGACGAACAACACAAUACCUCUUUCGACUUCCGUCACUUGGUCGAGAUGCAGGCCGCCGCAGACCCGCGCAUAACUUCCAUCAAGGAGAAGCGCCGGGAAGCCGCCAUCGCGCUGCAUCUGCAGCGGCUGUGCGAUGCCACGGCUCUCGACCUGGACAUGUCCUCCGACUCCAACACCAGCUUCUCUUCCCCAGCAUGGUCGGACUAUGUCCGCGAGAGCAUUUCUCCGCAACCGGCCAGCACCAGCCCAGAGACCCACUCUGCGCCAGCCUCAGCCGUUGGCAACGGAGGUGUCGAGCUGGUUCUCGACCUGAACAUGAAUGCCGCCGCGAACCUGCCAAAGAAGCAGAGGCCGCGUUCCCAGGCUCAGAAGGAGAACUAUAUCAAGGCUCGGAAGUAUGGGGCGUGCGAGAAGCACAAGAAGCAGCACAAGCGAUGCAACUGCCUGGAGAAGGCCGCAGCCCGCGCGGGCGUCAACAAGGUCCCAACGAACGUCAGUUACCAGGAACGGCCGCAACGCCUAGCACUUUCAUCGCCCUUGCUUCCAGAUUCGCGUGUCUCGAGUGUCCCAGGUUACGACAGGCUACUCGUUUCACCUACGCUACGCCCAUCGGCCAAGGUGUCAUCUGCCAAGGUGAUCAAGACGUUCACCAAACACGCUCCAGAGCACGAUCAAUCACUCAGCCCGACUGGCGUUCUCCCACCCGUCAGGGCAGUUACCAAGUGCGCCAGCAGUGUCCGCGGACACGAUCCUCAAUACAGUGCUUCUGCUUUCCUAGCACCAGUCAAGGAAGCCGGCAAAAAUGUUGUAUCCCAAGGCCAGCGCAUAUUGCGACAAUCACCGAGCGUCCCUCAAUACGUCGAAGCGACAAACCAGAGGGCCAAGGCCCAGCCAAACCUGCGCUGGCGCGUCGUUGGAUUCUCGUCGACAAACAGCCCGGCUACCUCCAUGGAUACCAAGGAGAGCAGCAACACAAGGCUUUCAACUUCAAUAUCGAGCGCAAGCUCAAAGCCAGGCGUUAUGCGCACUCCAAAUGUGGAUCUCCGGCGCCCGAGAACUACGUUGUCUUCGCAUCGUCUGAACGUCACGGUACCGUCGACGACGCCAAUUUCGACCCAACCUCAACCCUCGGCUCUGGCUGCCAUCGGCCGGAGCUCUGGAAGCCUGGGUGUUCCAGGUGUCAGCAAUGUGCUGCGGAUCAUUUCCGACUUCAAAAACCCCCUGGCAAUUCUUACCACUCGCGCGUCCCCUCAACCGGAAGCACCUCUCAAGGAUCGCCGCACCGAGUCCCAAUUGCAAGUUUGUACGAAUCCGUUCGGACUAAGCAGCAUCAUUGUUCGGACGGUAGCAACCGAAUUGGGCGGUCUGUUCUCGAGCGCUCUAUCGGCAAUCGCUGGUGUUCGGCAUUUGUCGGUCUCCUUCUCUUCUUGGUCGGAGCAUGUAGUCGGCAAGUGCUUGUCCCUGGUGGGCAGCCAGUUGAUGUCUGCGAAAAAGGGCUUGCAAUUAUUUCACUCACAUGCACAGACCAAGUGGUCUGUAUGA